AUGGAUUGCAAUUACGAUUGUGUGAUACUACACAAUGGUGUACGAAUGCCGCAACUUGGCCUUGGAGUAUGGCGGGCUGAGGAUGGAGAGGAGACCUCCCGUGCGGUUCGGUGGGCUAUUGAGGCUGGUUACCGUCACAUUGACACUGCUUCCUUCUACAAGAAUGAGGGAGGCGUGGGCCAGGGAAUCCGGGACUCUGGUAUCCCGCGUGAAAAAGUAUGGAUUACGACUAAGCUGUGGAAUGCAGAUCAUGGCUAUGACAAGGCACUUGCUGCUUUUGAUCGUAGCUGUAAGUUACUGGGUGUGAAUUACAUUGAUCUCUACUUGAUCCAUUGGCCAGGGAAAAGCAAAUAUGUGGAAACAUGGAAAGCACUAGAAAAACUCUACGAAGAUAAAAAAGUUCGAGCUAUAGGUGUCUCGAAUUUUGAGCCACAUCAUCUCACUGAAAUUCUCAAAAAUUGCAAAAUUCGACCAAUGGUAAACCAGGUAGAGCUACAUCCUUUAAUGCAACAGCAUGUAGUACGGAACUUUUGCAAGCAACAAGGUAUAAUCGUCACUGCUUGGUCUCCACUUGGGAAAGGGGGACGAACUGGAAUGCUUGAUAAUCCUGUAUUAUGUGAAAUUGCCAAGAAACACAAUAAGAGCUCAGCACAGGUUGUUAUCCGUUGGGACAUUCAAAUGGGAAUUGUAACAAUUCCAAAGUCAACAAAUCAAAAUCGUAUUCGAGAAAAUUUUAAUGUGUGGGACUUUAAACUCACUGAAGAAGAAAUGCAGCAGAUUGCUAAACUGAAUGAAAAUAAGCGUAUCGGUGGCCACCCUGAUGAAUUCUUCCCAGAUGGGGAAUAA